UCGGAAGUGUGUUUGUAAACAUGGCGCCCUCCGUGUUCCCCUCAGGUGUCGUCUAAUUGCUGCCUUAACGUCGAACUUUCUCCACGGUUGUUGUCAUUUUCUUUUUUUUUUUUGACAACCUGGCUAGGAUUCCAGUUUGAGGGCCGAUGUGAGGAUGCCGAGCGGUGGCAGCGGGGCGGCUGGAGCCACGCUGACUGUCCUCGGCCUCCUCCGGCCCAGCGGCGGUGCUUGGGCGGCUGCUGCGCGGAGGUGGGAGCCGCAGGGGGCACAAAGGCGCCCGUGCUCGUCGGGACCCCCGUGGAGGCUCCUGUUCUUCGGCUCGGAUCUAUUCGCUGUGGAGUCCCUCAGGGUCCUCGCGGGGGACAGGACCGGCGCGGACGGCACAGUGUCGUCGCUGGAGGUGGUGACCCUCGGCGACGACCUUCCCGUGGCCGACUUCGCCCGGCGCGAAGGCCUCCGGCUGCACCGAUGGCCGCCGGCAGACGUGGGCGGACGCUUUGAUGUGGGUGUGGUCGUGUCUUUCGGCCGUUUGCUCCAGCAAAAACUCAUCGAGCAGUUUCCACGUGGCGUCCUGAACGUCCAUCCAAGCCUUCUCCCUCGCUGGCGUGGCCCCGCCCCCAUCUUCCACACCAUCCUCAACGGAGACGCCGUGACGGGCGUGACCAUCAUGCAGAUACGACCUCACAGGUUCGACGCGGGUCCCAUCCUGAACCAGACUCUCCACCGCGUCCCCGAGAGCAGCACGGCCGACGAGCUGGCCGACGUCCUCGCCGCCAAAGGGGCUCGGCUGCAGCUCCUGGACACCUUACGCACGUUGCCUCAGAAGAUGGCGGAGAAGCGGGAACAGAGCCGGGCCGGCGCCACUUUGGCCCCGAAGAUGCGCGCCUCCGCCAGCCGGCUGCUGUGGGACGAGCAGACGUGCGAGCAGAUCGAGCGCCUUUACCGGGCCAUCGGGUCGCGGAUUCCCCUGAGGAGCACGUGGAUGGGGGCCAGCAUCAAACUGCUGGACUUUGCGGGGAGGUGCCACAUCUCGGCGGCAGACGAGCGGGGGGAGGGGCCGCCGCCGGGCUCGGUGACCUUCCGCAAGGAAUCCGACACGCUGGCCGUCCGCUGCAAGGACGGGUGGGUGGGGUUCAAGGCGGUGGUCCUGAGGAAGCGUCUGACGGCGGCCGACUUUUACAACGGCUACUUGCAUCGCGAGACGAGGCCGCACGCCGCCGCUUUUGUCAGCCCGCCGGAGGGACGGACGGACGGCGUCGACUCGCCAGGCGCUCGGCGGGUCCGCCCACAAAAAGACGCCCGGUGCUUCCUGACGAACGGGGAACGUUGACAAUAUUUUGGACUGUAUUUAAAAGUCGCAGGUAACGAUGUAGUCGACGGACGACUUUUCUGAUGACGUGCGUCGCCGUGGCAACGCAUCACGUAACGUUUUAAUGGUCCCCCAGCAUCAGGAUGUCAUCAAGGGUACAACGUCGGCGCCGCCAGAUGUGCAUGUCCGCCAAUCACGUCACAUUUCUACUCAAUUUGGAACACAUUUGGGUUUUUUAGUGGAAGUAAAUAUGUGCCAAAAAUGCCACUGAAAUUUUUAGGCUGAAAAAUUCACAUUAUUUCAAAGUGAUCACAUUUUCAACAGCUGUAUUUCAGUUUAACUUUUUAAUGUUAAUAAAUUCGCCAUAUAAAAUAAUUCAACCUUCUUAGUACGCGACGUCACAUGACUCAAGAAAGCGUAAGUGGAUUGGCCGGGUGUUGGCUUCUGGCCUGAAUUGUAGCCAGCUGAAUCUCAAGAGACUGAAAAUAUAGCUUUUUAAUUUUUUCAUGCUUUAUGUGGCAAAUUUGUUAACAUUGAAAAGUUAAACUGAAAUUCAGCUGUUGAAAUUGUGAUCACUGUGAAAUAACAAUGUGAAUUUUCAGUGGCAUUUUUAAUUCAAAUCCUGGUGGCACAUAUUUACUUUCAUAGUUUUUAAUAUGAAUAAUUGUUGACUGAUUGGCUUUUGUUUCACCUAUGAAAAUAAAUCUAUCCACCAUU